CAUACGAUGCUUCCGGCCGUUACCGUGGCCAAUUAUUCUUCGGCAACGACAAAUGGCUGGGUCAGAAGAAUUUCUGCUAUGAACUUAAUCGGCAACUAAAUCCAGAUGAGCGUAAACAUUUCGAAUUUGAAUUUAAUGCUGCUUUGGUUGCGCUACACCUGUCGAUGCCGCAACAGUUGCACGUAAACCUCCAAGUGGGCGAGUGUUUACCACGUUCCUGCAAUGCACACGACGUGCACGCCAUACUCACACUGGAUCCACAUGCUCAAAUGCUUGUCGCACUAAAUACCGCGGCGAUCAAUCAAGCACAAUACAACCAAAGUAUUGGCCAUGGUCACAGCAAUAGCAGCAGCGGCAACCACACCAUCAUACAAGUGCUACAUGUGCGUGCAGUGCCCGGCGCCUUCAGCUAUUGGCGCGAACUAAAAUUUCAAAUAUUUCUAAGUUUCGUAUUCUCACUUUUGCUACUCGUCAUCACAGCCACCUGGUAUCAGGCGAAAUUAAAUCAACUGCAGCUCAGCUCGCCGCACAUUGCGGCCAUUAGUGCGAAAAUUGAUGCUGUCAUGGCGGCCGCAAUCGCCGGUGCCAGCGGUGGCCGUGGUGGCGGUGGCGGCGAUGGCAUUGCAACAAUUGAUGCCAGUGUCGCGGGGACCUACACUAAUAAUGCCGGUGGCGGCAAUUCAGGUGCAUUCAAAUCAACGAGAGCAGUGCCAGCCUUCGAACUGUACCAGAUGAGCACACUGACAACGGAGAACAACAAUGUGCUCGACAUUGAGGCGGAUGUGAGUGGGAAUAAAACGGCGAAUAGCGCCAGUAGCAGCAGCAGCGCAAACGGCACUGGCGGACAAGCGAAUGGGAAUAGCAAUGGCGCAGCAGGCACAGCCGCAGCGACAGUGGGAACUACGAAAGGGGGUGGUGUUGCUGGUGGCGGUGGCGGUGGCGGUGGGAGUAUUGCAAGCAACAGCAGCAGUGUGCGGCGCAUCCAUGGCGAACUUUCCGCAACGGAUGUCGAGAAGUCACAUAUGGCCGAUUAUCGCCUGGAAACGAGCAGCAGUAUGGGUGCGUCGAGUACUUAUGAGACGAGAAAACAAUUGGGUUUGCAUGAGAAAUUUUUAUUGUGUUUUGCAUUUCAAACAAAUGCCGGCAGUAUCCUCAACAUGACAGAGAACAAAGAGCAACAAACCUCCUGUGUGCAUGGCUUGCGCGUCUUCUCCGUGCUGUGGACGAUAAUGGUGCAUACGUAUUUGCAAAUGUUUACCAUCGGUGAAAAUAGA